UAGAGAAAUAAAGCGUAGCUGAAUACGCGACCUCCAGUCUUAUCUCGCGGGAGGUGAUGAGACUUUGGGAAAGCUGGCCUUUAGGAGAUGUCACAUGAAAAAAGUGAAAGCUGCUUGCAAGAAAAAAAACAUUCAAGCUCCUUUGAAAGAUUUCAUGAUGGCACCUCCCUGGAAAACAAUCUGCUGCAGAACCUAAAGCUGUCAUCUCAAAGAGUUCUAGAAAUUGCACAGAAGAAAGGGCGGUCCAAGUGUCCAAAGUGUAACAGUUCAAGAAUGUUCUAUUGCUACACGUGCUUUGUGCCAGUAGAAUCUGUUCCAUCAGAUGAAAUUCCAGUUGUAAAGCUUCCCUUGAAAAUUGAUAUUAUUAAACAUCCAAAUGAAACAGAUGGGAAAAGCACAGCUGUUCAUGCAAAACUGUUAGCGCAUGAGGAUGUUACAGUUUAUACUUAUCCGUGUGUUCCGCAAUAUCAAGAUCAAAAACAUGAGGUAGUCCUUGUAUUUCCUGGUCCAGAUUCAGUCUCUCUCAGUGAUAGCCUACUGUACAUAAGAGGUUCUGGUGAUAUGCAAAAUGAUUCCUCUUGUGAACCAUCUCUCAAGCGUCCAAAAUGUUCUCAACAGUAUGACAAAAGCAAAAAUGAAGGUGUUGAGGAGAAGAAACCUAUGCAUUUUUUAAAGAAACUCAUCUUUAUUGACAGUACAUGGAACCAGACAAACAAAAUAAUAUCAGAUGAGCGCCUUCAAGAUGUACCGGAUUCCAGAGAUUUAAAGAAAACCAUGUUACACAAACGUACCUUUUCCUAACCCCACUUAGGGUCACAGUGUCUUGUAUCCUUUUCUUCACUUUAACCCACUGUUGUUUAGAAAUCUUGUCACCACCCACUAUAAAAAUCAGAAGGGUGUCAGGUCCCAGAAUCCAUCACUUUCAUAUUGAAACAAGAUAAGGAAGCAGUUGCCUCAGGUUGGGUUAGAAAAUGAUUAGUAUGCGUAUUAUGGUUUUCUAUGAAUCUGUGAAACCAGUUAGAGUCUGCAUAAAAAAAAAUGUAUAUUUUUGGAGGUUCAUAUAGUGUUUAUGCACUGUUUUAUUUACUGGAGAAGCUCAUAUCAAAAAGAGGGGUAUACUUUUACUUUAAAUGUCAGCAUAGUAGAUUUUACAUAGGCUCAUAAAAGACUACUCUAAUCAUAUCUGCAGAUCUUAGGGCAACUAGACAGCAUCAUUUAUGCACCAUCCAGUUGUCCUAUAUCCCCAUAAGGGAAUCCUGAGAUCUGGGUAAGGGAACUAAAAUGUACUUCUCUAUAGGAAUGCAUAGUGAAUGGGUACACCCUGCCCAGCUACAUGAGAACCAAUGUGAUUGGCCUCACAUUUUACAACUUUAAUGGUGCUGCUGUCAAAAUGCUAAUCUUUCAUAGGACGGUAAUAUUUAAGCACAAUUCUGAAAGCAAAUAUAAUAAAAUGGUUAUACAUUAGAGAUGGUUAGUAUUGACAGUCUGCAUAUGUAGCUACUAGGAAAGCCAUUCCUUUCAAUAAGGAACAGUCACCAUCCCAAAAAAUUAAAUACAGGUAUAGGACCUGUUAUCCAGAAU